AUGUGGUCAGUUAGUUUUCUUUCGCUGAUUGCAGCUGCCUCGGCCUUGCAGACCCUUCCACCAGUUCAAUGGACCAGCUUGGGCUCUGAGCCCGACGGGUUCGACAUUGCCACAAUCGACCGAAGUAUCUAUAUCACGAAUAGCUUCGCGUCGGACAGAGACGAAAAUGGCUUAACACUCAUUCCACCAUCAGCGAUUGAAUUUGCAAACACCUUCCGCCAGGACUUGGAGGAAAUAACGGGCGAGUCAUGGAAUCUUUAUCCGGUUGAGGUGCUACCCGAAGGCCAAACAGGCAUUUUUCUAGACAGACUAGAUUACUCGCAAGGCGCGCUGACGUAUGAAAAUGGCGAUCCCACGGAAGAAGGCUACAAGCUUCAGGUCCAAACCGGACGCGUCUCGAUCCGCGGCUCCGGCGCUCGAGGAAUGUGGUGGGGAACGCGAACUUUGUUGCAACAGUUGUUGAUAGCUCACAGCCAUCCGAUCCCAUCGGGCGAGGUGGUUGAUGCGCCCUCGUAUUCCACGCGAGGUUUCUUACUAGACGCCGGGAGGAAAUGGUACUCGCCAUCAUACCUCAAGGACCUAUGCACGUAUGCGUCGUUUUUCAAGCUGUCGGAAUUUCAGUACCAUACCAGCGACAACUACCCCUUGAGUCGUGGCCACAAUGAGACCUGGCAAGAUGUGUACGCACAGUUCUCCUUGCGACCGGAGAGCCCGGAGCUACAGGGACUCGUGCAGAGACCAAACGAGACACUCUCUCGGGCAGAUUUUGAGGACCUUCAGCAGCACUGUGCUCAACGAGGAGUGACGGUUAUCCCAGAAAUCGAAGCGCCUGGCCACAGUUUAUUCAUUACAAAAUGGAAGCCACAACUGGCAUUAGACAGCAAAGACCUGUUGAAUUUAUCCCAUCCUGAGACCAUUCCCCUGGUGAAGUCCAUCUGGACGGAGUUUUUGCCAUGGUUUCAAACAAAGGAGGUCCAUAUCGGUGCUGAUGAGUACGAUUCCACACUAGCAGACGACUACAUUGAUUUUGUCAACGACAUGGCGGAGUUCAUGGACCAAACGGCCGGCAAGACAGUUCGGAUCUGGGGUACAUACGAACCGUCCGACACCCGCAACAUCUCAAAAGAUGUCAUUAUUCAGCAUUGGCAGUACGGACAAUCCGACCCCGUCGAUUUGGCCGAACAGGGCUACGAAAUUAUUAACUCAGAGGAUUGGUGGGCUUACAUGUCGUUGAAAAAUGACCACAUGCCGAUAUUUCCCGCCCCGUAUCCCGAUUUCUUCAAUAACUCCAGGGUACUCAACUUCGCAGAUAGAGAUGGAUGGCAGUGGACACCGGCUCUCUUCAACCCCGUGAACGUCACCGAGCAGCCUGACCCGAAGCCCGUCAAGGGUGCCAUUCUGGCCGCAUGGAAUGACAAUGGGCCGGAUGCGACGACACAAUUGGAGUCUUAUUAUGCCAUCCGCAAUGGCAUUCCCGUUGUCGCCGCGAGGGCGUGGGCUGGAAAUCGUGGACCUAGUAUCGAUGUAUCCACUUUGCCAGACUCCAUGGAACUCUUGACGUCGCAGGCCGUGGCUCAGAACCUAGACAGACAGAUUCCUCGCGAGAAUAAGGAUGCCCAUGAACUGCUCAGUUGGGCAAACUCCGUGGAGAAUGCAAACAGCGACAAAAUCUAUCUAGGAUAUGGCAGCAAAGGGAUGAACUACGAGUUGACUCUUGAUGUUUCCGGUCCAUUCAUCCUGUCGUCGAAUGACUCCACCCUAGCAUUAUCACCAGAUGGCAACCUGGCCUUUGUCUCAGACGGAUGGGAAUAUCCCUUGCGCUCCAUAGAAGAAACAGCCGGGUUCGACGAAAGCUAUCCAGGACGAAUUUGGGCAAACGAGACCUCCUCAACGCACGAACCGGUGACAGUUCCAUUGCAGAGCCACAUCACUAUCCAGACCGACAUGAUCGGUGGUAGUCGGGUCUGGGUCAACGAGGGCUUCGUCGGACGAUUUGAGGUACUGGUAUUUGGCGGCAAAAACCGGCUAUUAUCAUGGAGCCAGAUGGCGUUCGUGGCACCCCUGGAGUGGCUGGAAGGGGGCAUCCAACGCUUGACGGUGAAUGAGUUUGACGGGCAGCAUUGA